AUGUUCGACCCAGUCAUUCGAUGGAGGCAACAUGCGGCCAGAAACGAGGGUGAAGUGCAAGUGCGUGUGAACCUACGGAAGCCACUGCCGACGCUGCUUGCAGAGGCGUGGGAGUGGUAUCCUGCGCACAUGUUGAAGAGAAGAGUGGACCUAGCUCGGUCGAAACAGCUGGACUUGAGCGCCGUCGUUAUGGACGGCAACGCUAAGCUGUCAGGCAGGAUAUGCGGCCGUCCCGCGGCGGAAAUCAUCGACAACCGUUCGCUGGACAUGUUCACCGUGACCUGUUGCAGCGCGGAGCCUCAGUUCAAGAAACGGCGUUGCAUGAAACACGACACCAGCCAUGCUCCAGCAGAUCCGUUGCCCGAACAGUCUGAAGUCUUUACUGCCCAUCGUCGUGUUCGAAGAGCAGGACAAGGGGAACUGUAUGAUGUGUUUUUGAAAGUGAAGGAUGCUCCAAAUUUGGCAGGCCGAUGGGUCAAUGCGUCCCUUGUGACAGCCACGCAACUACACGAGUACUGGCGAAAAUUGGAAGCCUCUGGCUUCGUUCCGGAAAAGUCGGCAGCUGAAGAUCUGGCUGCAAGCAGCUGCAAAACCCACAAAGAGAUCCGGCAGGGCACGAGAGCGCAAGUGCAACUGGGCAGCACAUGUGUAAUUCCUUUGUUUAAGAGUGUCCAGGUUCAAGACUGA